AUGCAACAGGCCGACUACGGGAUCGUUCCUAAAAGCAAAGCGGUCAGAGUUGGCCGGCCGACUCUGGCGAAACAUCCCGACGAAAUGGCGACCAAGGGGAAGACCUCGCCGGCGAUGAUUAGAUACGGCGAAAAAGAAUAUCUCAGCGACCGACGAGGCGAUCAAGGCGAUUGGACGAUGUAA